AUGAAUCUUUGUGUCAACUCAAGAGGAGGUACAUGUUAUCUUAGUUCAAAAGAUUCUUCUAAGGAUUCUCACAUUGGUGAAUAUAUAUUCAAAUAUAUUGAUAAUUUUAUCGAAGAAGUAGAAGCUCUGAAGGUUGUGCAAGUGGUUACCGAUAAUGCAACCAACAAUGUGGUAGCUGUAAAAUUUCUUAAGGUGAAGAGGCCGAAUAUCUUUUGGAGUGGAUGUGCUGCUCACACAAUGGAUCUUAUGCUUGGGGGGAUUUCAAAGCUGCCAGGAAUCGCUAAACUCAUAGAUCAAGCCAAAAGUCUCACCAUCUCGCAUCAUAGAACCUUAGCGAUGAUGCGAGCACAUACACAUAAGAGAGACAUAGUGCGACCAGGAGAAACAAGUCAUGGGCAUCGGAUUUUGGUCAAGUAUGAUACUUGUCUUGAAAGUGUCCAGUCCUUUGGUGAAGGUUCUAAGCUGGCAGAUGCAGAGAUACCCUCACUUGGGUUUAUCUAUGGGGAGAUCUUGGAAGCUAAGAACUUGAUCAAGGAAGCUACGGAGCAUGUGGAGAGGAAUUACAAACCUAUCAUCAAGAUUAUUGAUGAGAAAAUGAAAGGCAUGACACUGUUGAAGAAUGGUUUUGUUGAUCGGCAUGAAGAGCUAGAUGAUGAUGGUCAUUUUGGGAUUAAUACUCAAGCUUCAAGGGUUAGAGCCCUUUAUGAUGAUGAUUUUGUAUCGGAUGGAGAGGAUGAUGGAGACAUGGAGUUUGAAGAUGAUGAAGACCCCCUUUUUCAUGACACACCAUUUGCUUACAUGGUGAUGUCUUUAAAGGCUUUGAGCGGUUUGGUUUUGGUGUAG